AUGGGGACGCCCCAGGGUCAGGAGCAAAGUCAAGAGCACGGUCAAGCAGAGCAAGGAGUCCAAGCCACAACUACAUCUACAUCUGCAUCUAAUGGUACGCCGAAACUGCCGGCGCCGCCAGAGCCCGAGAACGACAAGGGCAUCUUCCCACCGUCGAUUAAAAGUCCAUCUCUCGAAGGCCUCGAAGGCCUCACCCCGGAGACGGUGGACAUAUUCCAUCUGGAUGCGGUGGCGGCCUUGAAACUGCUCUGCAGGAGCAUUGACAAUCUGGUUCAGUUGACGGGCAACGUGCCUCCGACGCCUCCAGUACAAAGCCGGGGCACUUCGCCAGCCCCAGCUCCGGGGGCUUCCAAACUGCGCGAAUCCACAACGGUGACGACGACAACAACACCACAAAAAGAGAAUAUCGUGCUGCGCGUGCCGGGCACGACGACAUCAGGUUCACUUUCCCAUAAUACAGGAGGAUUCCACCGCCAUCAACCCGAACACAUUGACGGAGUAUCAUUUGUGAACACACACAUCGGCUCGCCCGAGGCGCAUGCCCACGAGCCCACAUUACUGGCAGCGGACCAGGUGGUCAUUGGCGCGCACGCGCAGCCGUUAUACAUGCAACACGGCGCACUUGCACGGAAAUUCUACUCGAAACGUCCACCGCCCAUCUCGAUCGAAGACUACCUCAUGCGCAUGCACAAGUACUGUCCGACCUCGACGGCCGUGUACCUUGCUUCGUCGCUGUACAUCACCCGUCUGGCCGUGCAGGACAAGAUCCUCCCCGUCACCCCACGCAACGUGCAUCGUUUGCUGUUGGCCUGUCUGCGUGUCGCCAUGAAGGCCCUCGAGGACCUGUCGUGGCCGCACGCCCGCGUCAGCAAAGUCGGAGGUGUGUCUGAGACCGAGCUUGGGAGACUCGAAAUCACGUUUUGUUAUUUGACCGACUUUAAUUUGAAAGUCGAUGCUGCCAUGUUGCAGCGUGAAGCGCAGAAUCUGUGUCGUCACAAUCGGUUUGAUUCGGUCGUCCUCGAGAGUCCGCUGAGUCCUAUUGACAUGCGUCUUCCUGAGGAGACGACGGAUAGGAGAUCAAGGGGUCCAGAGAAGAGGAAGGCCAGUAGUACGUUGGCCGGCAGGCCGGUGGUUCAAGUCGGCACAGGCAUCGAAGUCAUGGGAAAAUCCUGA